UCGUCUGGCAAGAGUGAAGCCACUUCCGGCUUCCCUGGCGUCGCUGCAGAUUUUUUUUCCGGCCUCCUUGGCGCCUUCGUAGUGCUCUUCCGGGUGAUGAUGGUCGGAUGCCCCGGAUGUAGCCCUGGAGAAAGCAUCUUUCUCUCCUUUUUCUCGCCUCUCCCUGGAUCCCCAGUCCCUUUAGGGCCCAGCGCUCCCCUUUUGUUGUGCCGUCGACCCCCUUUCACGAGUCCCCUCCUCACCCCGUUUCCUUACUCUGGAACCUCUUCCUGGCCUCAGCUCCUCUGACCAGUCAUGCCAAAGAGGAAGGUGACCUUCCAAGGUGUGGGAGACGAGGAUGAGGAGGAUGAAGUCAGUGCUCCCAAGAAGAAGCUGGUAGACCCAGUGCCCGGGGGUCCUGGGAGCCGCUUCAAAGAUAAACACUCAUUGGACAGUGAUGAGGAGGAUGAGGAAGAUGAGGGCUCCAGCAAAUAUGACAUCUUGGCCUCGGAGGAUGUGGAAGGUCAGGAAGCAGCCACGCUUCCCAGCGAGGGGGGUGUGCGAAUUACGCCCUUCAACCUUCAGGAGGAGAUGGAGGAAGGCCACUUUGACGCCGAUGGCAACUAUUUCCUGAAUCGGGAUGCGCAGAUUCGAGACAGCUGGCUGGACAACAUUGACUGGGUGAAGAUCAGGGAGCGGCCCCUUGAUCAGCACCAGGCUUCGGAGGAGGAGGACGAGGACAGCGUGGGCCAGACCCCGAUGAGUGCCCAGGCCCUCCUGGAGGGACUUGUGGAGCUGCUGUUGCCAAGAGAGACAGUAGCUGGAGCGCUGAGGCGCCUGGGGGCCCGCGGGGGAGGCAAAGAGGGCAGCAAGGGACCUCGGCGGCCCAGUUCCCCCCAGCGCCUGGACCGGCUGUCUGGCUUGGCCGACCAGAUGGUGGCUCGAGGCAACCUCGGUGUUUACCAGGAAACGAGGGAACGGUUGGCCAUGCGGCUGAAGGGUUUGGGCUGCCGAUCUCAGGGACCCCGAGGUCCCACACCUCCACCCUCCCUGGAUAUGUUUGCUGAGGAAGUAGCGGAGGGGGAGCUGGAGACCCCUACCCCUGCCCAGAGAGAAGAAGCAGAGUCACCAGGCGAUGGUUUGAUGGAUGUGAUGUGGGAAUAUAAGUGGGAGAACACGGGAGAUGCCGAGCUGUACGGGCCCUUCACCAGUGCCCAGAUGCAGACCUGGGUGAGUGAAGGCUACUUCCCGGAUGGUGUUUACUGCCGGAAGCUGGAUCCUCCUGGCGGUCAGUUCUACAAUUCCAAACGCAUUGACUUUGACCUCUACACUUGAGUCUGCUGCGUGCGUGCGUGCGUGCGUGUGUGCCCCAUUUGGCUGCCCCUACUUUCCUGGACUUUGGUGGGGGAGGCUGCAGCUGCCUCGCGCCACCUUUGCAUCAGUUUCCCUUUUCCCAAUAAAAUGCUGGGUGUGCAUUAGGGUGUUGGCUGUGCUCCUGGCCAGAAGCAAGGGGCCUGCUCCACAUUCCCUUUGGGUGUGCCUUGGGCAGUGACUUCCGCUCCCUGUAGUUCCUUCUUGGGAGUUUCGGGGGUCUUGGGCCGCUUCACCUCCAUUUUCCACCCAUGGUGACAUACCAGGGCCUCUCAGAGAAGACCUGUGGCUGUGUAAAAGUCUGUUCACACACACUCUUAUAGUUUUCUCUGGGUUUUCUUGUUCUGCCGUUCAUAGGUCUUUCACUGUUAGGGUCUCAAAUUCUUUGUCCUUGCAGUCCCUGGGGUACAGAGCCUGGGAAGUAGAGCCUUACUAUCUGGAAGGGCCAGGAGAUCUGGACUACUCGGGGAUCCUGUUGAGGGUCAGCGGGGUGGCUGGGGCAAGGUCACCAGAGUCCCUGGGAGGCUGAGGUGCCUCCUUGCCCUGUGCAGCAGUUGCCGUGGCCCUUAGGCGCAGUACAGACUCAGUGUUGCUACUUGAAAGGCCAUUCAAGGCCACGUGAGCCAGCUGUGCUGUGUACAGGCGCAGGGGGAGUGACUGCAGGCCACUCAGUGAAUCGGAGCUGGCCCAGGCCCAGUGGGCGCCUUUCCCAGACCUGUUGGUCUAAGGCCUGCUCUGCUUGGUCUUUGAGACUCCGCAGCUUCCAUUUCUUAGGCUCACCUCUGUGUCUGGCACAUGACCAGGGCCUUGAGAGAGCAGGAAACUGGGCCGGUCUGCUUCAGGAUUCUGAGUCAGAUGGAUGGGGCAAUGAGAGGCCGACAGGUGUGGCUUCCAGCCUGGGCCUAAGGCCGCCACCAGCCUUGUGCCUCACCUUACUUGUACCAACUUAGAGGUAUGCUCUGCUUUUCCACCCACCGAAAUCUGGGGGGUUCGUGGAAUCUGUGGCCAGAGCAGUGGGUCUUCCAGAAGCUCCCUAGGUAUGUCCAGUGUGCAACUGGUGCUGGGCAUGCUUGCGCACACCUGUAAUCCCAGCACUCGGAGCAGAGGUAGGAGGAUCACCUUGAGUUAGAGAUCAGCCUGGCCUACGUAGAAGAGCCUGUCUCAGAAACAAACUCCACAGAGUGAAUAGUGUGCAGCUCGCUGAGAAUCGGUGGGCCUGACUCGGGACUGAGGUGCAUCUGGGGGGCAGUGUUUCCGGGUCCCACCAGGAAAGCAGAGCUGAGUGUGUGUGGCUCUGGUGAGUCUGUCAGUGGCAGGUGUCCUGAGCACACAGACGCCCCAGGGAGCAGGAGCCAAGCUGCCGACUGGGGAAGGUGAGGGCCUGGCCGGGCAGAGGUUUUUCAUGCUCUCUAGCUGGAGACGAGGCCUCCAGUUUCUAUGGUAACUAGGCUCUCCAGCUGCAGCCUAUGCAGGAACUUCCCGGUACGAUGUGGGACUGUCACUACCCGGGAAGAACCUUGCCAGUUAAGAGUUGUUAAGAUGUCAUAGGUUAAAAGAGGCAGUUGAUAUCACAAGCGAAAAAUGGGCCGCUGGAUGAGCAGAGUACAGCGUUCACCUUUGUAGCUGGAACCGUCUCUUGUGAGCUGUUAGGAUUUGCGGGCUAUGGGUGAUUCUACAAGCACCUCAGAGCUGCCCUCAUCCUCCCCUCAGGGCUUCCUCCUGUCGCAAAGCCUCAUAGGUGUGGAGUAAAGGCCCCCAGAGGUAAUCCCAUCCUGAAUUCCAGAACCUGGAGCUGUGCAAGUUGCCUAAUGUGGCAAAGGGGCCUUGCCCAUGUGAUGAGGUUCAGAGAUGGGGGAGGUGACCCUGGGUUUCUGAGGUAGGCCCAGCAGAGAAAGAGGGAAGCUGGGAAAAGCAGGAAUGGAUUUGUUCCCAGAGGCCUACAAAGGAACAGCUGGUGAAACCAUCUUGGACUUUGCCCCCAAGAACUGUAAGAUAAUAAAUUUGUGAUG